CCAAAAAUAGUAGAUUACCUAUUUUAUGUGUAAAAUAUGCCACUCGCAAUACGUAAAUAUUUUGGAUGACACGAAGUCAGAAGCGAUUGACUUUUUUCUAUCGUUUUACUAUGUUCUACUAAUUGUAGCAGACUCCAGACAAUGCCCAACCAAAUGUGGUGUAUUGUGCUAUAGGUAAUCCGGGCGUCGUCUGCACCCGAUGAGUCAGCACCUUCGAAUACACAUCCGGGCCCAGCACCAACGCAACCCGACUUGGUCGAAAAAAGGAGGGAUCUGCUAAAGGCAAUCCAAGGAAUGCCUCCUUGACCUUUUCACUGACGGCUUCGCGAGGAGUAUAAACAUGACGAAGAUCUGCAACCCUUGCCACUAAAGAGAUACUUUGAGUGACAUCAUACACGGACGUGACCGUGAUUCGGCGAAGCCGAAUUCCAUCUAGGUCGGAAGUGGGUAAUUUCAAUUGGUCUACCAUUGUCGAAGAAAUGAGACUCUGUAUUGAGCAAGUAUCCAGAACCGCUCUGACUGGGAAAGUCGGUCCGACACAAUGAAGUCGUACUACUAGACUUGGGGAUAAGGUCGCCACCGAUUGUAAAGGCAGUAGGCCAAGGGAACUACCAGGUGAGUGGCAGAAGGAUCGUGAAACUUCGGACGAAUGAAGAUCGGAUCUUGUACUCGGACCAGACACAGAACUUGGGUACGGACGAGACCUUGUAUGCUGGCGCGGACGGAACAUGGGUUGAGAGACUCGACCAAAAUCUUUUCUAUUAUCAUGCAGCAAAGCAUGAUGGUCCAAACCGCAUUUGUAACAGCUUUUGGUGCUAUGGCAAUGACGCGCUUGGUGCCAUUUGCCCAGACAACGCGUACAAUCUCGAUGCUGGGCCACAAUAUUAAGACGCGACUCCAGCGUCAUCUUCAAAAAUUGUUUGCAGGUGCUCAGCGAGUGCCGGCGCAGACAAACCCGACAACUAUAUUUAUGUGGGGUAUCCGAUUCGACCGCAGUAACGGUCGUACGCCCCAAUUCUACGAAACGACCGGUCGCGAUUGAACCCACAGUUAUGGAUUCCGAUCUGCUACGAACGAGUUGUCGACCCGAUGAACCCGCAGUUACGGAUUCCGCGUUAUUGCUAUUUAAAUCCGCAGUGACGGAUUUCGAUGUAGUGGCAGCAUGAAUAUUUGAAUCCGCAGUGACGGAUUCCGUCGACAUUUCUAUCGGAUCCGCAGAGAUGGAUUCCGAUUCAGUGAGUUUCACUGCAGCGAUUGACUUCACUAAAUCAUCCACUACCUCCGAAGUAGUCCUCUGUUUUUUGUCGGCCCUUUCCAGAUGGUUAUCAAUUGCCGUCACGAGAUCGAUGUUGUACAUAUUUGUAGAAUCCAUUUUCUAAGAAAAAAAUGCUAAUUUAAAGGGAAUUCGAGGAUGAGUGGUCAGUCAAAGCGACCAGUUUAGAUAUGGACCGCUUUACAACGCCAUUUGCUGUGCGAACAUCGACAAUUCGAACAUGACCAUCAAUACCCGGGUAAAUAUUUUCUACUCGGCCUAACUUCCAAGAUGUCGGUGGAAGUUUCUCAUGACGAAUAACCACGAGAUCGUCUUUUUUAAUUUCGCGUUCGGGAAAUUUCCAUUUAUAGCGCUUGUGCAUGCUUUUUAAAUAUUCCUCUUUCCAUCUAAGGCAAAACAAAUGAGCAAGAGCCUGUACUUUUCGAAACCUAUUCACGAGCGAAUUCAAACAAGCCUCUAUUCUGGCUAGUACGGUUGCCAAUUCUUCUAAGGUAAGUCGAACAUUUCGAACUUGUCUUCGAAAGUGUUGCUUGAAACUUUUCACUCCAGCUUCCCAGAGCCCACCCAUAUGUGGAGCACCCGCUGGAAUGAAAUACCAAUUGAGGCCCUGAGUUGCAAAUACAUUACAGACCGAUUCGCAAUUAUUCCGAAUGAAUUCUCGAAAAUUCCGACGUAACUCACGGGAAGCACCAACGAAAUUCGUACCGUUGUCCGAAAAGAUAAAGCUAGGACAACCUCGACGUGCAACAAAUCGAUGAAAAGCCAGCAAGAAAUUAGCAGUGGACAAAUCGGAUACCGCCUCUAAAUGUAUGGCCUUGGUAGAAAAACAAACGAACACACAAACAUAUCCUUUUGUAAUCUUACACGCACGGCUAGUAAAUGACUUGAUCUCAAAUGGACCGGCGAAGUCGACCCCAGUUGUUGUGAACGCCCUAUCAAUUAUUGUUCUUUCAGGUGGAAGCGCCGCCAUUAAUUGGCUACAAUAUUCCAUCCUUAGCGUACGAAGCAUAAGCUGGACGUCACCAUGUACACAUUUUAUGUGGAUGUAUUCGACCAAAAGUUUCGCGAACCUACUUUUAUAGGGAAGAAUUAUGGGAUGACGUUCCGAAUAUGAAAUGCAGGGCGCACGUACAAGACGACCAUUAAUUCUCAUGACAACAUUUUCGUCAACAAAGGGCAGAAAUCCGAGAGUUUGGGUAAUUAAAUGUACACUCUAAAUUAUUUGUUUAAAAGUACUAUGAAAAUCAUUGUGAUUUUUUGUUGAUUUUUUGGCAAAAUAGUGUGUAAUUUGAAGAAAUGUUUAAAUUUAAACAUUAAAUGUAGUGAAAACAAGAAUUGCAGUUCGAAAUGUUUAAUUUUAAACAUAUAAUGUAGUGAAAACUGGAAUUGCCACUGAAUGUGUUUAACGCACGCACAACAAAAACUCCUUAGUUGUCAAGAAGAAGAAAACAGAAACACGUGGCCAAGCUUAGUUGACACAAAAGUUGUAUUUUUCGAGAAAAUAUAAAUAAAAAUGUAUGUAUGUAACAUUUGUGAGAAAGUGCUUGUUAACAUUGAUAAAUAUAAUUGUCAUCUAUACGGCCAUAAAAAUAAAAAAAUUGUAAAUUUAAGUGCUUGUUCCCAACAUGUAUAAAAGAGUACAAUAAUUAUAACUCAUAUAAAUCGCAUUAUAUGCGUUAUCAUAAAGUUCAUAAUAAAAUUGCAAGUGCAUGUAAUUAUAUUGGUACGAAUUGUGGAGAUAUAUAUUUGCAUACCUUACAACAUUUCCCCAAUAACAAAAAGGUGAAGUGUCCACUACGCCCAUGCAAAAAAACGUUUGCUUCUCAAAAUACGUUUCGAUCCCAUUUCUUUCGGAAACAUUCAGAUUUGGAACAAAACUUACCAGUGAAACAGACUGCCAAUUAUUCCGAAGUAACUAAUUCAGAUAAAGUUGAUGGUACUUCUUUAAGUUUUACUUCAACUACUGACAUCAGUCCAUAUUUGGUAGAAAAUUCAAUAACAAAUAUUUUAACACAAUUAAAAUGUAAAUUUAAUGUCUCAGAAGACUGCUUGCAUUCUCUAUUUACGGAAUUGAUAAGCUUAUUAAAACAAAAUAUUGAUUUGAAUAUUCGGAAAAUAAGAGACAUAAUUGGCAACUGUAACGUGUCUAAUAAAGAAAAUGAAAUAGUUAAUUUCUUAAAAGAUUCAAGUGUAUUAAAGGACCUACAAAACAUUUCUUCAAAACAAAAAAUACAAAACUUCUUUUCAGAAAACCCUCAUUUUAUUGGACCACAAGAAAUUUUUCUAGGUGUUGAUAAUUGUCACUAUGUGCCAUUAUUAGAAACUUUAAAUGCAUUAUUUAGUGAUCAAGAGUACUUAAAUUUUUUUUCUGAAGAGAAAAAAUCGGAUUUUAAUUCAUAUUUAGAUUAUAAUGAUGGUCUGGUUUAUAAAAACCAAAAAUUCUUUAAUUCAGGUGAGAAGCGUAUUGAGCUUCUUAUAUUCCAAGAUGCUUUCGAAAUGUGCAAUCCAUUAGGCUCAGCAAAAAGGAAACAUAAAGUAACUGGUUUUUACUUCAUGUUAGGGAAUAUUGAUAUCAAAUAUAGAUCUAUUGUUAAAAAUAUACGGUUACUGUUGCUGUGUAAGGAACGUUAUAUAAAAACAUUUGGAUUCGAUAUUGUUCUGCAACCACUAUUAACUGAUCUAAAAAAGUUAGAGACCGCAGGAUUGACAAUUUAUGAUAAACAAAUAGGAAAAGAAAAAAUAUUGUUUGGACAGUUGUUUAUGUUAUUGGUGAUAAUCCUGGAUCACAUCAAAUUGGCGGUUUUAAUGAAAGCUUUAGUUUCUCACAGUAUGUUUGCCGUUAUUGUUUUUUUGAGCGGAAAUCCUUAUAUGAACAGAAUGUUGGUGUAAACACUCAUUACCGCAAAUAAAUAUAAAAAUGAAAAAAAUUUCAGGGAAAGCAGACGAAAUUAGACAUAUGUUGUUUUUGAUGCCCAUUGCGUUGAUGUCAGUUGUUACAAAUUUUGAGGAUCCAAUGUAUCUUUUUCUCUCAAAUUUGAUAAAUAUGUAUCGUUUAAUUUGUGCAGAAAAAAUUACAGAAAGUCAAAUAGAAUUACUAAAUCAUUUUAUUCACAUUUACUUUGAUUUUAGAAAAUAAUGUAUCCCAAACAAUAAUCUGAGACCAAAGCAUCAUUUUUUAAAACAUUAUCCAGACCUUAUUAAACAAUUUAGCCCUUUAAAAAAUCUUUCGACACUGCAUUUUGAGCACAAGCACCAAUAUUUUAAACAAAUAGCAAAUUCAUGUAGAAACUUUAAAAAUAUAACUUUGACAAUGGCCAAGAAACAUCAAUGUUUUCAAGCAAGUCUUCAUGGUAACCGUAUAAAAACCGAUAUCAAAUGUAAAAAUGUUGUUAAUUCAGAAAAUGGAAUGUUUAAUAUAAAUAUACCGGGCGAGUAUAUAUAUGCAACAAAAAAAAUUGAAUUUCUUGGAACUUUAUAUAAAGAAAAAGAUGUCAUACUAUGCUCGGUAGAUUCGCAAAAUAACAUAAAUGUUCUUAUUGUAAACACAAUAUUUGUAAACAAAGAAUACACUGACUUUAUAUGUUAUGGAGAAAUUAAGAAAAUGUGGUACAACUGCAUAAUAAAUUUGUAUGAAUCAUUUGAAAAAAUACGUGAAAAAGAAUUUUCUAUUAUCAAAAGAAAAGAAUUUGUAUUUCCUCAACCCAUAAAACUUUACCAAAAAGACCAAAAAUAUUACUAUGCUCCAUUUCAAACAUUUGAAGAUUUAUUUUAAAAAUAAGGUUUUUUAUUCUAAUAAUUAGAUUUAAAGUACUACUUUAGUAUUUAUAUAAAAUAAGUAUAACAUGGCGAAAUUUUUAUGUAAGAUUUGGAAUGCCGAUAGAUCAAAGAAAAAAGCAUUCAUGUGCGAAGGUUCAAUCGAUCUCGUUAUAAAAAAAGCAAAAGAGUACUCUCUUGAUGGAAGCAGAUUUGUUUUGGAAAGCGACGGAACUGAAAUAGAGAAUGACGAGACCUUUCAAUGUAUUUUAGAGGACAAACAAAUUUUAAUGAUUUUAAAAUUCGAUUAAAUGUGGACCUCCAACCCCAAUUUUGCCGAUUCCAAUAGAAAAUAUUGAGCAGACCAAACCAAACAAUGACAUCACAACAGAAAAUUCACAAUCUAUAGUAAACAUCCCAACGCCAUCCCAAGAAAUAAGCGGUGAAAGCUUCUAUAUAGCUCUAUCAUCAGAUGUAGGCCAACAUUUAGUUGAAGUACCAUUAACUGAGUUCACAGACACCAUAAAUAUAACAUCUGAUGAAGAGUUAAUGGCAUCAGGUAGUGCAACGGAUGAACUCAACACUUUAGUGACCAAGAAUAAUCCAAUUUGCGAUAGCUUUCAAGGUUUUCAAAUACCUUGGAACAGGAUGUCUCCGGAAGUGUUGUCAUAGCUUAAUAAUAAGGAAAAAAUUUGAAAGUUAAAAAAUUCAUUUUGCAAUGUAAUUGUCGAUGAAUUACGUAGAAAAACAUAUUUUAUUCCGAUGAAUGUCUACAGGAAUGUUGCGCAUAUGGCUGCCACGAAAUACCCAGAAUCAUUUGUUGAAAAAGAUGAAGAAGGACGGGUUAUGUCAUACACUCCAAUAUCACUCGUUACAACCAUGAGAAGCCGAAACAAUUUUUUGAAUUAUAGCUCAAAAAAGAAGAUUAAUGUGAUGGGCAUACUGCUAACUAAAAGAAAACGUUUAAGUGCACUAUCUAGGAGCUGUACACAUUGGCAACCAGAUAUUUCUAGAGAAAACUCUAAAGAUGUGGACUAUAAAAAACAAAUUUUAAUUUCAGAGUUGGAGUCCGCAAAAUCAUUAAUGUCCGACUGUUUUGCCACGAAACGUGCAUAUUUUAAUGAUGCACAAAAUAUACCCACUGUGCGAGACAUUUUGCAGAACUGGCCAAUGAUAUUCAACAAGGAAUGUUUAUUUGGCCACUUUGAAAAGUUAAUGGAUUUAGAUAUCCGAACAUUCAAGUAUAAUUUUGAAAAAUCCCGAAGCAAGUUACAGAAGAAGAUGACAAUAUUAUUAUAAAGGCAAUAUGUGGUUAUUAUAAUAAAAUAGAUGCAUUGCUUUUUAAAGAAUUUAAGUUCGGUACUACAAUUGAUACAAUUCGAGAUGCAAACGAAACGGUCACUCCAUGGGCUUCCAUAAUUUGUACAUCCCCUACAGACGACGAGAAACAAUCUAUUGCAUAUGUCUGGUUUGAAGGGGAAUUGACAAGUAUUGAACCCAAUAUCGACAUUAUAACGUUAAUAUUGCAGAUAUUGUGCUACUAUUAUAUAUUCAAUAUAGAAUACCCAAAAAAUAUUUCGCAAACAUGCGAUUUUUUUAUGCGAUAUUUUUUUUUAAAUUUUAUUCUUCGCAAUGUUGAGGCUAAAAAAAGAACAUUAAUAAUUUAAAAAGAAUAGUCAGCCUUUUGCAAAAAUUAGAUUGCAUUAAGUAACCAUAUUUACUAUUAUAUACUUAAUAUUUAAGUGACAUCUACAAUUUACAUUCUAAUUAUUUUUAACCAGUUUUUUUUAAACAGCCUUACGCAGAAUCUAUAUUAUAUUGUCAAAGCCAUGUACAUGGUUCUA